UCUGGAUGACAUGUUCCUUCAUCAUGAAGAGUUUGGUCAAAGACUAUUAACAGCAUCAUGUUUUCAGUCUCUGGAGAAUCUCAUGCUUGACUAACAUGUAGUGACGCAGGAGGCUUAAUUUAUCCUUACAGCUCCGUCAGAUGUUAAACAUCAUCAUGUCUCUGUUCACUUCUAAAACAUGUUGUUUCUUCUUCCAGAGACCAGAACAAGUUGUUCUUCUGCGGCAGUGUUUUCAUGUUUUCAGAUGAAAUAUUUAGUCUGUGGACAAACCUUCCUCAGCGUCUCUCUAAGUCGGUUUUUACAUCUCCUGUCUUCCCUGGCACCUUCUGUCUGCAGCAUUAGUCCACAGCCGCCUUCCCGUCAUGUCUCACAACUACCCGUACAGACGCCCGCCCCCGGACACUGACCUCCGACCGGAUCUGGGAACUUACAGCUCCUCAGACCGCCGUCACGCCUCCCCACACCACAACUUUUACAGACCGCAUCAGGAGCCGCCGCUGCCACCACCGUCUCGUCUGUCGUCCUUCUCCUACCCGUCCUCUUCCUCCUCCAGAGGCUCGACGGCAGCGGCGGCGCUGCCCCCGCCUCAGGGGUCAGCGGACGGCGCUCUGAGCAUCCUGAGCAGCUGCGGUCUGGAGCCCAGCGACCUGGCUCUGCUGGCCGAGCUGCCUGAAGACGUCCUCACCGUGGAGUCGCUGCCUCACCUCCUCCAACAGAUCAAAGGCAAGAGAGGGACGGUCAAACCUUUCCCCCCCAAUGCUCCUUCCUCCUCCUCCUCCUCUUCCUCCUCUUAUCCUGCCAGCGCUGUGCGGCAUCCUGCAGGCGAGUGGGAUCACCUCCGCAGCCAGCCGAUCCAUUACCCACUGGACCAGGUCCCCUCCAGUCCUCUUCCCUCUGAGCAGGUUCAGGACCGCUGGGGGAACCGGACCAGCAGGUCUGUCUCCUACGCGCCUUCCUCCAGGACCGACCCACCACCACUACCAUCAUCAUCAUCAUCAUCUUCCUCCAGCUACAUGGUGGACUACAGCCACAAAGCGGGCUCCUCUGAUUAUGGUAAGACAGCAAGAGACGCCGGUCCGUCCUCCUCUCAGGAUCGACACUCUUUCAGCUCGCCAGCAGCAAGAAGAGGCAGAAGAAGCCGUCCGUCCCGUUUCUCUCAGCCAGCUGAGUACAGGUCAGCUCCUCCUCCUGAGGAGCACCAUCAGAGACCUCGGUCGGAACGCCGUGAGUUUGAAGCCUCUUACAGCAGGAGCAGCAGCAGCCGGGUCGUCGCCACUACCGCCGCCACCGCCACCGCCACCGCCACCAUCACUGCCACCAUGCCCUCAAAGAAAGAAGCGCUGGACUUCCACGGGACGACGCCGGCGGUGUACCCGUACUCGUGCUCUCUGUGUGAUAUCACUGUGCUGUCAGAGAAGGUGUGGAUCAAACACAUCAACGGCACUCAGCAUGCAGACGGACAGCUCAGCCUGCUGCAGCAGUUUCCUAACUGGGACUGUCGCAUGGAGACAGUCAGCAGGGCUGACGACCAAUCACAGAAGAGGAAAGAUGAAGGAAAACCCACCCAGCCGGCCCAAACAGCCAAUCAGAACACCAAGCCUCAGCCCAAUAAAAAGUCCCAGAAGAAGACGUCAGAGAAAGGUAAAGUGGUGUGUGUGAAGUUUCCUCCUCAGUCUGUGGACGAGACGUAUCUGAGGAAACUCAGCGAACCGUUCGGAAAGAUCGUCAAGAUCCUCAUGUUUCCAUCUUUGGCGUUUGUGGAGCUGGGCUCCAUCGACCAGGCGAAGGACCUGGUGAAGUUCCACAACAACUAUCCUCCGACUGUGAACGGAGAGCAAAUGGAGUUCAGCAUCUCCAACACUUUCAACUUCCUCCAGAGCUCUCGGGUGGUGAGUUUCACUCCGGCUCCAGCAGGAGAGGACGGCCAAUCAGAUCUCAUCAGCAUCGUCAAACGCUUCGGCCUGCCGCUCUACACUCUGUUCCUGCCGUCUAUGGCGUUUGUUGAGAUGAAAAUCGCUGCGGAUGCUGAGAAGCUGGUUGAUUAUUAUUCUUCCAACACUCUGAGGAUCAACAGCGACUUCAUCAAAGUUUCCUUCUCUGGAGAAUACAAGAGUCUGAUGCGGGUCCCGUCAGCCAAGAGGUACGAAGAGGAAACCUGCUCAACCAAGAGGACGAGGAGUCCGAGCGCAGACCGAGAGGACAAGACCACGAGGACCGACGGGGAGAAGACCAGGUCCAAGUCUAAGUCCAGGUCCAGAGAUAAAUCCAGAGAAAGGUCCUGCAGCAGAUCCUCCAGGCAGAACAGGUCCAAGUCCAGAGAGAGGAGGACCAGGUCCAGCACAGAGAGGAAGACCAGGUCCAGAGAUAAAUCCAGCAGCAGAUCCUCCAAGCAGAACAGGUCCAGGGAGAGGAGGUCCAAGUCCAGGUCCAGAGAGAGGAGGUCCAGGUCCAGAGAGAGGAGGUCCAGGUCCAGAGAGAGGAGGUCCACGUCUAGAGAGAGGAGGUCCAGGUCUAGAGAGAGGAGGUCCAGGUCCAGAGAGAGGAGGUCCAGGUCCAGGUCCAGAGAGAGGACUGUGGUUCCAGAGAAACCUGAUAAAUCUGAAAGCGAGUCCAGGACUGAAGCCGAGCCUCCUCUCAGAGACGCCCAACCUGAAACUGGAGAGAAAGAAGCGAGCGAGCCGGAAGCAGAGUCGUCUGCAGAGGAGAGCGACAUCGAGGGGAUGGAGGUGAUCGGAGAGGACGGAGAGAAUCUGGAGGAUGAAGAUUUGGAGACUCUGGAUGACGCUGACGUAGAAAAGGAGAACGAGGAGGAGGAGGAGGAGGAGGAGGAAGACUUACCUAAAAAUGAGGAGGAGAAGAUGCAGGAGGAAGAGUCAGAAUCCAUCAGAGCAGCAGAGGACGAUGAGGAGGAACCAGGCUUCCCGGUGGACCUGGAGAACUGCAUCACUCUGGAUGAACUAGAAGCGUCCGAUGAGCCAGAAACUGAAGGAGGAGAAGAAGAAGAAGAAGAAGAGAGAGAUGAACCCGAGGGUCCGUCUACCAGAGUGGUUUACUUCAGAAACCUGCCGCUGCGUUUCUACACCGACGUGGAGUUCAUCAGCCUGGUGAAAGGUUUUGGGAAGGCGGUGCGCUACUUCCUAAUCCGCCGCCGGCGAGAGGGUUUCAUCGAGAUGUCGAGCUCCUCGGAGGCUCUGAGAGCUGCCACAGAGCUGAGCUGUAAAUCCGUCUCCUUCAACGGCUCCAAACUUAUCGUCCACAUCUCCCACAAAUACUCGCGGCUCACAGCGGGGUGGACGGUUCAGUCGGACGAGGACGAGGACGAGCGGAGCGAGCGAAGGAGUCGAAGCAGCAGCGGGAGGAGGAGCGAGAGACGCAGCAAAUCCAAGACAUCAGAGAAGGAGGAGUCCAACAAGGAGUCCGGAGGGAGGAAGGAGUCCCCAAAAAAGACCCCAGACAGAGAGUCAACAUCUAAAAAGACUCCAGACAGAGAGUCAGUGUCUAAAAAGACUCCAGAGAGAGAGUCAGUGUCUAAAAAGACUCCAGAGAGAGAGUCAACGUCUAAAAAGACUCCAGAGAGAGAGUCAACGUCUAAAAAGACUCCAGAGAGAGAGUCAACAUCUAAAAAGACUCCAGAGAGAGAGUCAAUGUCUAAAAAGACUCCAGAGAGAGAGUCAAUGUCUAAAAAGACUCCAGAGAGAGAGUCAACGUCUAAAAAGACUCCAGAGAGAGAGUCAACAUCUAAAAAGACUCCAGAGAGAGAGUCAACGUCUAAAAAGACUCCAGAGAGAGAGUCAACGUCUAAAAAGACUCCAGAGAGAGAGUCAACAUCUAAAAAGACUCCAGAGAGAGAGUCAACGUCUAAAAAGACUCCAGAGAGAGAGUCAGUGUCUAAAAAGACUGAAGAAAAGAACUCCAAAAACAUGUUGGAGAAGGAAUCAGCUGUCAAAAAGACUCCAGAGAGAGAGUCAACUUUAAAAAAGACUCAAGAGAGAGAGUCAAUGUCUAAAAAGACUCCAGAGAGAGAGUCAACGUUAAAGAAGACUCCAGAGAGAGAGUCAACGUUAAAGAAGACUCCAGAGAGAGAGUCAACAUUAAAAAAGAGUUUAGAGAGAGAGUCGGUGUCCAAAAAGACUGAAGAAAAGAACUCCAAAAACAUGUUGGAGAAGGAAUCAGCUGUCAAAAAGACUCUAGAGAGAGAGUCAACAUUAAAAAAGAGUUCAGAGAGAGAGUCAGUGCCUGAAAACUGUCCAGAGAAAGACUCUGCAUCCAGAAAGAUCUCCGAGAAAGAGUCAAUGUCAAAAAAGACUGAAGAAAAGAUGUCAGAGGUCGAUAAAAAGACUCCAGAAGAGCAGUCGGUCUUCAAAAAGGCUGAGGAGAAGGACUCUAAAAAGGAGAUCCUGCUGAAGACGAGUGAAGAGAAGGAGAAGCUGAAGAGGAAGGUGAGUGAUGAGAGCGACUCGGUGCCUGAAAAGAUGCUGAAGAAAGAGUUCAAAAGAGAAAAGACUGAAGAAGAGUCGGAGGAGGAUCUGUGUGAAGAUAAAACGUCGUCUGUAGUUCAGCGAGUUCGUUCGGAGACGACUUCAGAAUCAGGAGAGAAGAAUCCAGAUCAACCAGACUCCACCGCAGAUCCUCAGAGACCACGAACUGAGCAGAAAGCUGCUACUGGACGUGCAGAGGGCGCCGCAGCUCCGCUCAAACCUGUUGGAACAGAGUUUGUUCGUCCGGUCGUCGGUUACUUCUGUAACUUGUGUCAGGUGAUCUACGCCGAUGAGGACGAAGCCAAACUGCAGCACUGCAGCAGCCGCUCGCAUUACACUAAAUACCAGGAGCAGACGGGGAAAAAUCCAUGGACGAGCUGAACACCUGACCUGAGAGGAAUCAGCUGUUUGGUGUCGACUCAACGAACUGACUCUAACAAACUGUUUGAUCUAAAACUCCAUGAGGCACUUUUAAGUAAAAUGUUUCUGCUCAGGAUUUCUGGGAAAUGAAGUCCUCCAAAUUCAAACUGUCACAAAAAUGUAAAAGUCAGACAGAAUCUGAAACUGAGAGCAAAAUGAUUUUUGGAUUUGAGCUCUGUUGGUUUCAUCAAACUCAUUUUUCCUGAAGAGAUUCCGUGUUUUGCUCAAGGACACUUCAGCAUGUUGAGGAUUUUAAAAUCUGACUCCAGAUGUGGUGGAAACAUCUGGAACAAGGUAUUUCAGUUUGUCUGUUUUAAAAUCAGAUCAAACUGAAACUGUUUAAAGGUACAUUGAAGCUGCUACUUUAAGUUUUGUUUUGCAUUUUGACAGAAUCCAAGGAGGGUUGAAUCGAGGGCAGCUGGACUUCUUGGUUGUAGAUACUUGAAGAUGUUUCCCUUCAGUUCUAACUUCAGUUCUUCAGUUAGAGCUGAACAAGCCCCUCGAGAAGUGAAAUAUCUUCGAAUAUCUACAACCAAGAAGUCCAGCUGCCCUCAACCCACCUUGGAAAACCAUGACCUGGAUGACUGAGAGUCUUCAGACAUUUUGAAAGAAACACAGUUUGUUGUUUUUAGGGUUAAAAUGUUUAAUUUUGUACCCAGUCAAAGAGAAAGUGUCUAUCUGUAAAAUAACUUUCUAAUCAAAGUGUUUCAUGAUUCUGUUGCCAAAUAAAUAAAACCUCCAAAAAAACUC